UGCCCCCCCCCCAUGUAUCAAUUUUUAAUGCCAGCUCAAUUACCUUUCGUCAAAGUUCUGACAGUAGUUCUGUGAAAUGUAUAUUCUGCAGGUAGAUUAUGUAAUUUCAAAAGCUGCAUACAUCAAUUGGUCAAGAAUUCAAUCUUUGACUAUUCUAUUCGAAUCUUCCAUCAUUGAGGUAUCCAAAGGAUUAUCCAAAAACGAGCAUCUACAUUUUAUUCAGUCUCCGUGUGACAUAUCAAAAAUCUGGAAUACAUCACCUGUAAUCAACGCUAAUUCAUCUUGCCCAUCAGCAGGGAAACCAGGGUGAAUUUCUUUCUUUGGAUCUGGAUUUUUUUCUAAACCGGAGAGGCAAUAAUAUCAGUAACGGAUUUGUAUCAUUUUUUGACGGCAUUCCCAACAUUACCCGAUGACGGAUGUGUGACUGAUAUGCGACCCGCCUCGCAAGAAAGGUGUCAUGGAUGCGGACCGGGUGGGGGCGCUCCUCUGUAUUUUAUUUUGCUGCCUAUCCAUUGUUAAAGCCUACGACCCAUUCCACUAUGAUCCGAAUGAUCCCUGUUUCAGAAGAUGUACACGAUACUACGCACCGGUCUGUGGUUCCGAUGGGGAAACUUACUACAGCAUAUGUGUUUUGUUCUCCAUAAAAUGCCACAGAAAAGAUCCUAACCUGACUAUUGCUUACCAGGGAAGAUGUAGAAUACGACAUCCCGUAGUACUACCGGUAGAAGAAUGCCCAAGAGAGUGUCCUGACAUAGUAUCCCCUGUCUGCGGCAGUGAUGGAAGAAGUUAUGACAACCCAUGCUUACUGGAAGCUAUGGCAUGCGAAUCAAGAAACCCGUCUUUAGUUAAAAUUGAUACUGGAUACUGUGAUGAAGAAGGUUUGGCGGGAAGAUGUCCUCUGGAUUACCAAGGAAAAUACAGACCAGUAUGUGGGCGAGAUGGUAAAACGUAUGUCAACCAAGGUAUAUUACAGAUCACAGCCUGCAUAGAAAACGAUCCAAAUCUUGCAUCUCCGAUACAUAAAGGGGAAUGUGAAUUCAAAGGGAGGCGGAAGAGAAGGAAAUGUCGGAAACAUUCAUGUGAUCUGACUUACGAUCCCGUGUGCGGGAUGGACGGAAAGACAUAUUUCAACAAAUGCUUCAUGGACUACUUUGCUUGUAUGAGAGACAUUCGGAACAUGAGGCUUCUUUACCCUGGUGUCUGCAGACAAGAAGUCGUUGUAUUGCGGACCAAACCAACACGAGACCCUAUUCUAACAACACCCGAUGGAAGUCGAGUAACAGAUCCGAUUCCAGAUGGCAAGACUACACCAAGGAUGAUCGCAGCCACUAAGACUACUCCAAAAUCUGAAUUUACACAGACCAUUCCAUCAGAAGCACAAACUACCACGAGCACAGAAAGGAAAACAACCACUGCAGCAGAAAUACAGAGGUCUACAACAUUAUCAGUAGAAACAUCACAAACAACUGAAAGAGAAAAAAUGACGACUUUGGUAACUUUCCCAUCAACAAAACAACCGGCGUCUACACCAACAAGAAUGGCUGACGAUACAACAACAACAUCAACGGAAGAAACCUCAUCAUCAGCAUCUACACCAUCACCUACACAUUCCACACUAACAAUAUUGACUGAAGAUAUAACCACACCAACAGAAGCUGAAGAAACAGCAGCACCCACUCCAUCAACUACACAGUCUACACCAAAAACAUUGACUGAAGAUGCCACAACCCCAACAAAACCGGAAGAAACUUCAUUGCCGGCAUCUACUCAAUCAACUACACAGUCUACACCAAAAACAUUGACUGAAGAUGCCACAACACCAACAGAACCGAAAGAAACUUCACUGCCGGCAUCUACUCCAUCAACUACACAGUCUACACCAAAAACAUUGACUGAAGAUGUCACAACACAAACAGAACCGGAAGAAACUUCAUCGCCGGCAUCUACUCCAUCAACUACACAGUCUACACCAAAAACAUUGACUGAAGAUGCCACAACCCCAACCGAACCGGAAGAAACUUCAUCGCCGGCAUCUGCUCUAUCAACUACACAGUCUACACCAGAAACAUUUACUGAAGAUGUCACAACACCAACAGAAACGGAAGAAACUUCAUCACCGGCACCUACUCUAUCAACUACACAGUCUACACCAAAAACAUUGACUGAAGAUACAACCACACCAACAGAACCGAAAGAAACUUCAUCGCCGGCAUCUACUCCGUCAACUACACAAUCUACACCAAAAACUAUAACUAAAGAUGCCACAACCCCAUUAGAACCAGAAGAAACUUCAUUGCCGGCAUCUACUCUAUCAACUACACAGUCUACAUCAAAAACUAUAACUAAGGAUGCCACAACCCCAACCGAACCGGAAGAAACUUCAUCGCCGGCAUCUACUCCAUCAACUACACGGUCUACACCAAAAACAUUGACUGAAGAUGUCACAACAACAACAGAACCGGAAGAAACUUCAUCGCCGGCACCUACUCCAUCAACUACACAGUCUACACCAAAAACAUUGACGGAGGAUGUCACAACCCCAACCGAACCGGAAGAAACUUCAUCGCAGGCAUCUGCUCUAUCAACUACACAGUCUACACCAGAAACAUUUACUGAAGAUGUCACAACACCAACAGAACCGGAAGAGACUUCAUCGCCGGCAUCUACUCCAUCAACUACACAGUCUACACCAAAAACAUUGACUGAAGAUAUAACCACAUCAACAGAAUCUGAAGGAACACCAGCACCCACUCCAUCAACUACACAGUCUACACAAAAAACAUUGACUGAAGAUGUCACAACACCAACAGAACCGAAAGAAACUUCAUUGCCGGCAUCUACUCCAUCAACUACACAGUCUACACCAAAAACAUUGGCUGAAGAUGCCACAACACCAACAGAACCGAAAGAAACUUCACUGCCGGCAUCCACUCCAUCAACUACACAGUCUACACCAAGAACAUUGACUGAAGAUACCACAACACAAACAGAACUGGAAGAAACUUCAUCGCCGGCAUCUACUCCGUCAACUACACAGUCUACACCAAAAACUAUAACUAAAGAUGCCACAACCCCAACCGAACCGGAAGAAACUUCAUCGCCGACUUCUACUCCAUCAACUACACAGUCUACACCAAAAACAUUGACUGAAGAUGUCACAACACCAACAGAACCGGAAGAAGCUUCAUCGCCGGCACCUACUCCAUCAACUACACAGUCUACACCAAAAACAUUUACUGAAGAUGCCACAACCCCAACCGAACCGGAAGAAACUUCAUCGCAGGCAUCUACUCCAUUAACUACACAGUCUACACCAAAAACAUUGACUGAAGAUGUCACAACACCAACAGAACCGGAAGAAACUUCAUCGCCGGCACCUACUCCAUCAACUACACAGUCUACACCAAAAACAUUGACUGAAGAUGCCACAACCCCAACCGAACCGGAAGAAACUUCAUCGCCGGCAUCUACUCUAUCAACUACACAGUCUACACCAGAAACAUUUACUGAAGAUGUCACAACACCAACAGAACCGGAAGAAACUUCAUCGCCGGCAUCUACUCCAUCAACUACACAGUCUACACCAAAAACAUUGACUGAAGAUAUAACCACAUCAGCAGAAGCUGAAGGAACACCAGCACCCACUCCAUCAACUACACAGUCUACACCAAAAACUAUAACUAAAGAUGCCACAACCCCAACCGAACCGGAAGAAACUUCAUCGCCGGCACCUACUCCAUCAACUACACAGUAUACACCCAAAACACUGACUGUAGAUGCCACAACACCAACAGAACCGAAAGAAACUUCAUUGCCGGCAUCUACUCCAUCAACUACACAGUCUACACCAACAACAUUGACGGAGGAUGUCACAACACCAACAGAAGCGAAAGAAACUUCAUUGCCGGCAUCGACUCCAUCAGCUACACAGUCUACACCAACAACAUUGACUGAAGAUGCCACAACAUCAACAGAACUGGAAGAAACUUCAUUGCCAGCAUCUACUCCAUCAACUACACAGUCUACACCAAAAACUAUAACUAAAGAUGCCACAACCCCAAUAGAACCAGAAGAAACUUCAUCGCCGACAUCUAUGCCAUCAACUACACAGUCUACACCAAAAACAUUUACUGAAGGUACCACAACACCAACAGAACAAGAAGAAACUUCAUCGCCGGCAUCUACUCCGUCAACUACACAGUCUACACCAAAAAAUAUAACUAAAGAUGCCACAACCCCAUUAGAACCAGAAGAAACUUCAUUGCCGGCAUCUACUCCAUCAGCUACACAGUCUACACCCAAAACAUUGACGGAGGAUGUCACAACACCAACAGAACCGGAAGAGACUUCAUCACCGGCAACUGCGCCAUCAACUCCACAGUCUACACCAAAAACAUUGACUGAAGAUGCCACAACACCAACAGAACCGAAAGAAACUUCAUUGCCGGCAUCUACUCCAUCAACUACACAGUCUACACCAACAACAUUGACGGAGGAUGUCACAACACCAACAGAAGCGAAAGAAACUUCAUUGCCGGCAUCGACUCCAUCAACACAUUCUACACCAAGAACAUUGACUGAAGAUGCCACAACACCGACAGAACUGGAAGAAACUUCAUCACCGGCAUCUACUCCGUCAGCUACACAGUCUACACCAACAACAUUGACUGAAGAUGCCACAACAUCAACAGAACUGGAAGAAACUUCAUUGCCAGCAUCUACUCCAUCAACUACACAGUCUACACCAAAAACUAUAACUAGAGAUGCCACAACCCCAAUAGAACCAGAAGAAACUUCAUCGCCGACAUCUAUGCCAUCAACUACACAGUCUACACCAAAAACUAUAACUAAAGAUGCCACAACCCCAAUAGAACCGGAAGAAACUUCAUCGCCGGCAUCUACGCCAUUAACUACACAGUCUACACCAAAAACAUUUACUGAAGAUGCCACAACACCAACAGAACAAGAAGAAACUUCAUCGCCGGCAUCUACUCCGUCAACUACACAGUCUACACCAAAAAAUAUAACUAAAGAUGCCACAACCCCAUUAGAACCAGAAGAAACUUCAUUGCCGGCAUCUACUCCAUCAGCUACACAGUCUACACCCAAAGCAUUGACGGAGGAUGUCACAACACCAACAGAACCGGAAGAGACUUCAACACCGGCAACUGCGCCAUCAACUCCACAGUCUACACCAAAAACAUUGACUGAAGAUGCCACAACACCAACAGAACCGAAAGAAACUUCACUGCCGGCAUCUACUCCAUCAACACAGUCUACACCAAGAACAUUGACUGAUAAUGCCACAACACCAACAGAACAAGAAGAAACUUCAUCGCCGCCAUCUACUCCAUCAACUACACAGUCUACACCAAAAACAUUGACGGAGGAUGUCACAACACCAACAGAACCGAAAGAAACUUCAUUGCCGGCAUCGACUCCAUCAACACAGUCUACACCAAGAACAUUGACUGAAGAUACCACAACACCAACAGAACUGGAAGAAACUUCAUCGCCGGCAUCUACGCCAUCAACUACACAGUCUACACCAAAAACAUUGACUGAAGAUGCCACAACACCAACAGAACCGGAAGAAACUUCAUCGCCGGCAUCUACGCCAUCAUCUCCACAGUCUACAACAUUGGAAACUACAUUUUUAACUGUGGAAGAUUCAGCAACCACUACACUCAAGACGGGAGAAACAUCAUUGGUUUCAGACUUAACUACUAAAAUGCCUCCAGAACAGAUUCAACGGAAUUAUACAAGAACAACGACAGAAAUGACAGGGACAGUUUAUACUACGAAAAUCGUAUCACUAUCAGGGACAGUAACCACAUAUGUUACUCCACCAGCAUUAAGUACAGAAGGAAGCGGUGAAGUAACCGUAGACGGACAAACUCCUACUAUCACAGUAGAACCUACAAGUGAUAAAAUAUCAACGGGAACUGAUAUGAAAAAAGAAACGGGUGAACCCAGUUCAUUGGCCACUACUUUGCAUACUGUGCGGACAGGGAUAAGUGUAAAUGCAACAGAGCAGUCAUUCAUUCAAACGACGCUGGAUACAGAGCCUACUAAAUAUACGGAGCAACCAACUGAAGGAGCAACGUUAUUUGACGCAAGCACUGACGGCAGCGGCACAAUUACUCCUUUCACAAGCACUGAUCCGUCAUACAAAGCGACUAGUAUUGAUUCUAUAACUUCAAAACAUACAACAGAAGAACCUGGCUUCUUGAUUACUGAUUUAGUUACAGAGAUGGGAGAUCAAGAAACAACAGCAGAAGGCAGUGCUACACCAUCUCCAUCAACAAUUGAAAUAAUUUCAACAAUAUUACUAACUGUCCAAGAUGAAGCAACGCAAGUUCCAACAGCUGAAAUCACGUCGAGGAGAGAAACGGAUCAAACAACGGAUUAUUCAUCAACUACUGCACUAAGCGAUGAAACGUCAUUACAGACGGACAUGACAACAGCAAAGUCACCGGGAAUGCUUCAGGAAAAUAAGACUUAUGCAACUACAGAAGCCCCAUUGACCAUUUAUUCUACAGAAGCCAUCACAGUAACAGAUGAACCAACAACAGAGAGUCGACCACCAGCUUUAACUUCUGAAGGAAGUGGAGAAAUUACAACAAUGGAAGGACUAACCUCCAUCGUAACUGUAGAGUCAACAGGAGGCACAUCAAUAUCUCAAACAGGUGAUCAUAUGAAGGUUGAAACUGAUGAACCGGGCUUUUUAAGCACUGUCUCUUCGACCUCUCUACAAACGGAAUUAGGGAAAACUGAAACAGAUCAAUUUCUUCUUGAAACGACACCGGAUGGAAGUGGUUUAUCAUCUUCCCCAACAGCUAUUGAUAUUGUGUCUUCAUCGCAAUCUUUGUAUACCUCAGACACCAAAACAAAUGUAGUGUCAACUACAGCCGAUAGAUUGACAACAUCACAAGAGUUGGAUUUCACUAGUCGUAAAUUGCCUGGUCCUAUUGUUCUGCUCAAUGAGACGAGCGUUACUCCAACUGUUGAUCACACAGAGCGUACUGAAUACACUGAGCAACCAAGUGAAGUAACGUUACCUGACGUGAGCACUGAUGGAAGUGGCACAAUUAGUCUCUUACUAAGUACUACCCCGUCAUAUCCAGCGACUGGUGUUGAGUCUACGUCUUCAAAAGUUACGACAGAGGAAUCAAGCUUCUUGAUAACUAGCUCAGUAACAGCAACCACCGCCCCAGAAACAACAGAAGGCAGUGCGACACCGUCUUUAUCAACAAUAGAAACAAUACCUACAGUCCAAACAACGCAAGUUCCAACAGCUAAAUCUACGUCGAUGGGAAAAAUAGAUCAAACGACGAAAUAUUCAUCAACUUUUAUGCUUAAUACGGAAUUGUCAUCACAGACGGACAUGUCAACAACAAUGUCACCACAAAUGAUUCAGCAAAAUAAGACAGUUGCAACUACAGAAGCUCCACCGUUCAGUUAUUCUACAGAAACCAUCACAGUAACAGAUGGACCAACAACAGAGAGUACACCACCAGCCUCAACUACUGAAGGAAGUGGAGAAAUAACAACCUUGGAAGGACUAACCGUUAUUGCUACUGUAGAAUCUACUGGGGGCACAUCAAUAUCUUCAACAGGAGGUGAUAUAAAAAUGAAAACGGAUGAUUCGGGUUUCUUAAGCACAAUCUCCUCUAGUACUUUGCAAUCAGAAUUGAGUAAAGCCCAAACAGAUCAAUUUCAAAUUGAAACGACACCUGAAGGAAGUGGCUUAACCAAGUCUCUUACGACUGUUGAGAUUCUUCCUUCAAAAUCUACAUUAUCUACUAUACAAUCCGAAACGGAUUUAGCAUCAACAACAAACAAUGGUUCUGGAACAUCACCAGAGUUGGAUGCCACUACUCGUGAAUCACCGGAACUUACUGUACUGAAUGAGACGAGAGUCACCGAAACUGUUGAUCAUACAGAGCUUACUAAAUACACGGAGCAAACAACUGAAAGCACAACGUUAUUUGACAUGAGCACUGUCGGAAGUGGUACUGCCCCGUCAUACACAGCGACUAGUGUUGAAUCUAUAUCUUCAAAACUUACAACAGAAGAACCUGGCUUCUUGAUUACUGAUCCAGUUACAGAGACGGGAGAUCAAGAAACAACAGCAGAAGGCAGUGCUGCACCAUCUUCGUCAACAAUUGAAAUAAUUUCUACAAUGAUACCAACAUCAGUCCAAGUUCAAACAACCCGAGUUCCAACAUCUGAAGUAACGUCGAUGAGAAAAACAGAUCAAACGACAUAUUAUUCAUCAACUACUGCGGUAAGCGAGGAAACGUCAUUGGAGAUGAACAUGACAACAGCAAUGUCACCAGAAACGAUUCAGCAAAAUGUAACCCGUGGAACUAUGGAGACUCCAUCGAUUAUUCUUUCUACAGAAACAAUUACAGUAACAGGUAGACAGACAACAGAAAGUCCCCCACCGGCCCAAACCACCGAAGGAAGUGGGGAAUUAACCUCAUUGGAAGGACUAACAUCGAAUGUCUCUGUUGAAUCAAUAGGAAGCACAUCAGUGUCUCUAACAAAGGGUGAUAUGAAAUUAGAUACCGAUGAACCUGGUUUUUUAAGCACCGUCUCCUCGACUACUUUACAAACGGAAUUGAGUAUAGCCGAAACGGAUCAAUAUCAUAUAGAAACGACACCGUAUGGAAGUGGCUUGUCAUCAUCCCCAAGAACGGUUGAAAUUGUGCCUUCCUCGACAGCAUUAUCUACCUUAGAGACCAAAAUCGAUUUACUCUCAACUGCAGCUGAUGGAUUGACAACAUCCACUAAACGUAAAUCCCCUGAACCCAUUGUACAGAAUGAGACAAGUGCAACACCCACAGUUCAUCAAUACACGGAGCAACCAAGUGAAGGAACAACGUUCUUUGACAUGAGCACUGACGGAAGUGGCACUGCCCCGUCACACACAGCGACUAGUGUUGAAUCUAAAUCUUCAAAACUUACAACAGAAGAACCUGGCUUCUUGAUUACUUAUUCAGUUACAGAGACGGGAGAUCAAGAAACAACAGCAGAAGGCAGUGCUGCACCAUCUUCGUCAACAAUUGAACUAAUUUCUACAGUGAUACCAACAUCAGUCCAAGGUGUAACAACCCGAGUUCCAACAUCUGAAGUAACGACGGUGAGAACAGAUCAAACGACGGAUUAUUCAUCAACUACUGCGCUAAGCGAGGAAACGUCAUUGGAGAUGAACAUGACAACAGCAAUGUCACCAGAAACGAUUCAGCAAAAUGUAACCCGUGGAACUAUGGAGACUCCAUCGAUUAUUCUUUCUACAGAAACAAUUACAGUAACAGGUAGACAGACAACAGAAAGUCCCCCACCGGCCCAAACCACCGAAGGAAGUGGGGAAUUAACCACAUUGGAAGGACUAAUAUCAAAUGUCUCUGUUGAAUCAAUAGGAAGCACAUCAGUGUCUCCAACAAAGGGUGAUAUGCAAGUAGAAACCGAUGAACCUGGCUUUUUAAGCACCGUCUCCUCGACUACUUUACAAACGGAAUUGAGUAUAGACGAAACGGAUCAAUAUCAUCUGGAAACGACACCGUAUGGAAGUGGCUUAUCAUCAUCCCCAAGAACGGUUGAAAUUGUGCCUUCCUCGACAGCAUUCUCUACCUUAAAGACCGAAAUCGAUUUAAUCUCAACUGCAGCUGAUGAAUUGACAACAUCCACUAAACGUAAAUCACCUGAACCCAUUGUACAGAAUAGGACAAGUGCAACUCCCACAGUUCAUCAAUACACGGAGCAGCCAAGUGAAGGAACAACAUUCCUCGACAUGAGCACUGACGGAAGUGGCACUGCCCCGUCAUACACAUCGACUAGUGUUGAAUCUAAAUCUUCAAAACUUACAACAAAAGACCCUGGCUUCUUGAUUACUGAUUCGGUUACAGAGACGAGAGAUCCAGAAACAACAGCAGAAGGCAGUGCUGCACCAUCUUCGUCAACAAUUGAAAUAAUUUCUACAGUGAUACCAACAUCAGUCCAAGGUGAAACAACCCGAGUUCCAACAUCUGAAGUAACGUCGGUGAGAACAACAGAUCAAACGACGGAUUAUUCAUCAACUACUGCGCUAAGCGAGGAAACGUCAUUGGAGAUGAACAUGACAACAGCAAUGUCACCAGAAACGAUUCAGCAAAAUGUAACCCGUGGAACUAUGGAGACUCCAUCGAUUAUUCUUUCUACAGAAACAAUUACAGUAACAGGUAGACAGACAACAGAAAGUCCCCCACCGGCCCAAACCACGGAAGGAAGUGGGGAAUUAACCACAUUGGAAGGACUAAUAUCAAAUGUCUCUGUUGAAUCAAUAGGAAGCACAUCAGUGUCUCCAACAAAGGGUGAUAUGCAAGUAGAAACCGAUGAACCUGGCUUUUUAAGCACCGUCUCCUCGACUACUUUACAAACGGAAUUGAGUAUAGACGAAACGGAUCAAUAUCAUCUGGAAACGACACCGUAUGGAAGUGGCUUAUCAUCAUCCCCAAGAACGGUUGAAAUUGUGCCUUCCUCGACAGCAUUCUCUACCUUAAAGACCGAAAUCGAUUUAAUCUCAACUGCAGCUGAUGAAUUGACAACAUCCACUAAACGUAAAUCACCUGAACCCAUUGUACAGAAUAGGACAAGUGCAACUCCCACAGUUCAUCAAUACACGGAGCAGCCAAGUGAAGGAACAACAUUCCUCGACAUGAGCACUGACGGAAGUGGCACUGCCCCGUCAUACACAUCGACUAGUGUUGAAUCUAAAUCUUCAAAACUUACAACAAAAGACCCUGGCUUCUUGAUUACUGAUUCGGUUACAGAGACGAGAGAUCCAGAAACAACAGCAGAAGGCAGUGCUGCACCAUCUUCGUCAACAAUUGAAAUAAUUUCUACAGUGAUACCAACAUCAGUCCAAGGUGAAACAACCCAAGUUCCAACAUCUGAAGUAACGUCGGUGAGAACAACAGAUCAAACGACGGAUUAUUCAUCAACUACUGCGCUAAGCGAGGAAACGUCAUUGGAGAUGAACAUGACAACAGCAAUGUCACCAGAAACGAUUCAGCAAAAUGUAACCCGUGGAACUAUGGAGACUCCAUCGAUUAUUCUUUCUACAGAAACAAUUACAGUAACAGGUAGACAGACAACAGAAAGUCCCCCACCGGCCCAAACCACGGAAGGAAGUGGGGAAUUAACCACAUUGGAAGGACUAAUAUCAAAUGUCUCUGUUGAAUCAAUAGGAAGCACAUCAGUGUCUCCAACAAAGGGUGAUAUGCAAGUAGAAACCGAUGAACCUGGCUUUUUAAGCACCGUCUCCUCGACUACUUUACAAACGGAAUUGAGUAUAGACGAAACGGAUCAAUAUCAUCUGGAAACGACACCGUAUGGAAGUGGCUUAUCAUCAUCCCCAAGAACGGUUGAAAUUGUGCCUUCCUCGACAGCAUUCUCUACCUUAAAGACCGAAAUCGAUUUAAUCUCAACUGCAGCUGAUGGAUUGACAACAUCUACUAAACGUAAAUCACCUGAACCUAUUGUACAGAAUGGGACAAGUGCAACUCCCACAGUUCAUCAAUACACGGAGCAACCAAGUGAAGGAACAACGUUCUUUGACAUGAGCACUGACGGAAGUGGCACUGCCCCGUCAUACACAUCGACUAGUGUUGAAUCUAUAUCUUCAAAACUUACAACAGAAGAACCUGGCUUCUUGAUAACUGAUUCAGUUACAGAGACGGGAGAUCAAGAAACAACAGCAGAAGGCAGUGCUGCACCAUCUUCGUCAACAACUGAAAUAAUUUCUACAGUGAUACCAACAUCAGUCCAAGGUGAAACAACCCGAGUUCCAACAUCUGAAGUAACGUCGGUUAGAACAACAGAUCAAACGACGGAAUAUUCAUCAACUACUGCGCUAAGUGAGGAAGUGUCAUUUGAGAUGAACAUGACAACUGCAAUGUCACCAGAAACGAUUCAGCAAAAUGUAACCCUUGAAACUAUGGAGACUCCCUCGAUUAUUCUUUCUACAGAAACAAUUACAGUAACAGGUAGACAAACAACAGAAAGUCCCCCACCGGCCCAAACCACAGAAGGAAGUGGAGAAUUCACGACAUUCGAAGGACUAACAUCGAAUGUCUCUGUUGAAUCAAUAGGAAGCACAUCAGUGUCUCCAACAAAGGGUGAUAUGAAAGCAGAAACCGAUGAACCGGGCUUUUUAAGCACUGUCUCCUCGACUACUUUACAAACGGAAUUGAGUAUAGACGAAACGGAUCAAUAUCAUCUGGAAACGACACCGUAUGGAAGUGGCUUAUCAUCAUCCCCAAGAACUAUUGAAAUUGUGCCUUCCUCGACAGCAUUCUCUACCUUAGAGACCAAAAUCGAUUUACUCUCAACUGCAGCUGAUGGUUUGACAACAUCCACUAAACGUAAACCACCUGAACCCAUUUUACAGAACGGGACAAGUGCACCUCCAACGGUUCAUCAUCUUACUAAAUACACGGAACAACCAAGUGAAGGAACAACGUUACUUGAUAUGAGCACUGACGGAAGCGGCACAAUUGCUCCUUUCAGUAGCACUACGCCAUCGUAUACAGCAGCUGGUAUGGAAUCUACAAUUUCAAGUGUUACAAAAGACAACCCGAGCUUCUUGAUAAAUGGUUCAGUAACAGCAACUACCGACCGCGAAACAACGCAAGAAGGGAGUGCGGCUUCAUCUUUAUCAACAAUUGAAAUUGUUUCAACAGUAUUACCAACAUCAAUCCAAGAUGAAGCAACGCAAGUUCCGACAUCAAUGACAAAAACAGAUCAAACGACGGAAUAUUCAUCAAGUACUCUAUUAAGUGAGGAAACGUCAUUGGAGAUGAACAUGACAACAUCAAAGUCACCGGAAAUGUUUCAGCACAAUGACACUGUUGUAACUUCCGAAACUCUAUCGACCAUACCUUCUACAGAAACCAUCACAUUACCAGAUAAACCAACGACACAAAGUACACCGCUGGCCUUGACUACUGAAGGAAGUGGAGAAAUAACAACAAUGAAAGGACUAACCUCCGUUGUAGCUGUAGAAUCAACGGGAGACACAUCAAUAUCUCCAACAAGGGGUGAUAUGAAAGUGGAAACUGAUAAACCGGUCCUCUUAAGCACGAUCUCCUCUACUAAUCUGCAAAAAGAAUUGAAUAAAACCGUAACAGAACAAUUUUAUGUUGAAACGACACUGGACGGUAGUGGCUUAUCGUCUUCCCCUUCAACUGUUGGAAUUCUUCCUUCAAAAUCUAAAUCAUCUACUAUAGAGACCGAAAUGUAUUCAGCAUCAACGACAACUGAUGGUCUGAUAACAUCACCGGAGUUGGACGGCACUACUCGUAAAUCACCAGAACUUAUUGUACUGAAUGAGACGAGUGUUACUCCCUCUAUUGUUAAUACAGAGUUUACUAAAUACACGGAGCAAACAACUGAAGAAACAACGUUACUUGACAUUAGCACUGACGGAAGUGGCACAAUUGCUCCUUCAAUGGUAACAGCCCCGUCAUACACAACGACUGGUGAUGAAUCUACAUCUUCAAAAUUUACGACAGAAAAACUUGGCUUCUUGAGUACUCACUUAGUUACAGAGACCGAAGACCCAGGAACAACAUCAGAACGCAGUGCUGCACCGUCUUCGUCAACAAUUGAAAUAAUUUCUACAGUGUUACCAACAACAGUUGGAGAUGAAACCCGAGCUACAUCAGCGAAAAUAACGUCGAUAAGAAAAACAGACCAAACGACGAAAUAUCCAUCAACUACACUAAGUGAGAAAACGUCAUUGGAGAUGAACAUGACAACAGCAAAGUCACCAGAAAUGAUUCAGGAAAAUGUAACCAGAGCAGCUAUGGAAACUCCAUCGAUCAUUUAUCCUACAGAAACAAUUACAGUAGCAGGUACACAAACAACUGAAAGUGCACCACCGGCCCAAACUACCGAGGGAAGUGGAGAAUUUACCACAUUGCCAGGACUAUCUACUGUUGUUACUGCAGAACCAAGAGGAGGCACAUCAGUAUCUCCAACAAAGGGUGUAAUGAAAGUAGAAACUGAUGAACCAGGAUUUUUAAGCACUGUCUCCUCGACUACUUUAUACACAGACACAGUUGCUGAAUCUACAUCUUCAAAAGUUACAACAGACCAACCAAGCUUUUUGGUAACUGGUUCAGUCACAGCGACCAUCGACCCAGUUACUUCUAUAGAAAAAAUAUUAACUGGAGAUCGUGCGGAUUUGACUAAAUACACUGAACAUCCAGCUGAAGAAACAACGUUCUUUGAAGUGAUCACUGAUGGAAGUGGCUCAACGCCUUCUUCUAGAAUUACCACUCUGUCAUACACAACCGCAGAUAUAGAUGGUACACCUGAAGAAACAAAAACGACAGAAGGUAGUGCUGCAUCCUCUUCUCCAAUAAUUGAAGAAGUAUCCACAUUGUUGUCAACAUCAAUCCAAGGUCAAACAACUAAAGUUUCAACAAAAGAAAUCACGACGUUGAGAAAAAUUAAUCAAACGACAAAAUAUUCCUCAACUACUAAACCUAGUGAGGAUACGCUGUUGGUGGUAAACAUGACAACACCAAAGUCACUAGAAGUGAUUCGACGAAAUGAGACCAGUGGAACCCCAAGAACAACAUCAACUAUUUAUUCUAAAGAGACCACCGGGGUGACAGGGACACCGAAUAUGAGUAUUACUCAACAAGCUUUGAUCUCUGAAGGGAGUGGCGAAUCGAAAACCGUGGACGGACAAACCGUUGCAGCUGAAUCUACAAGUGGAGGAACGUCAAUAUCACCAACAGCAGCAGAUAUGAAAGAAGAAACGGAUGAACCUAACUUAUUUACCACUGUAACUUUGCCUACCAUUACAACAGAAUCAAGUCCAAAUGUAUCAACACAAUUUGGACUGACCACGGUGAAAAGUGGAACGAUCACUCUUUCUGAUACUACUGCUGCUACACUCACUAGCCAACCAACCGUAGAAGUAACAUCACCUAAACUUACUACUGAAAUGUUUUCAAAAGAAUUAGAUUUUAAACAAAUAACAGAAGAUUCUAGUUUUACAAGCAGUACUGCUUUAUCCACUGAAGGUAGUGGAAUACCAUCAUCCCUAAAGACUCAGCACCUUAGUACAUUAGGAUCCCUUAAGGAAACAGACUUGUGGUCAACAGCCGAGGAAACAACGCCGGUUGUUACUAGCUCUCCCAUCGGAAACAGAAAUAUGACUGAAGGUUCAACACAAUCGAUGGCCAGGGCAAGUGACCAAAUGUCAACUUCUAGUGUUAUCAGUACUACGACCAGCCAGGAGAUACGUACGGCUGUAACUCCUACGUCUGCAGAAAAUAUAGUCUCAACAACAACAGAAAGACCUUUUUCUAUAUUUACUAAUAUAAUUGGUGAUAUGACAGGGAUGGAACAGACAACAAAAUACACUGAACUAUUCGAAACAACUUUUGAAGGUAGUGGAAUGUCACCCUCCCCAACGAUUGAAAUUUUAUCGACAGCAUUUUUGACUGACAAGGAAACAAUGACUACAGAUGUCUCAACAUCAGCUGCUUCGACAGAUCGAAUAAAAAUCGCAGAUUCUGUGAAGGAAGUAGAUUCUACAACAUCAAUAAUUACCGAAGAAGGAACAACCUCUUCUUUAAAAACUUCACAUAGCACAGAUGCUUCAAAAACACCUGAUGUGGAUGUUGUUACUCGUAGACAGCCGGCACAAAUUCAGCGUAACGAGACAACUACCGACCCCAAAACUGACUCUUCGGAGCUGCAAGUGAUGUCGUCUACGUCUCCUAUACAGACUGCCAUUGCUGAAGUAACAGACUUAGAUGAAAAGGUUACAGCAGAAAUUUUAUUUGAAACAACUGUUGAAGGAAGUGGAAUGUCACCAACAAUUGGAUAUCAGUCUACUGUAUUGGUAACAGAAAUGGAUAUAAAGUCUGAAGACGCAGCUUCUACUACAGAUCGAAGAAAAGUCACUGAACCUGUGAAAGAAGUAGAUUCGACAACAUCAACAAUUACCGAAGGAGAAACAUUCUCUUCUUUAGCAACUUCACAAAGCACAGAUACAUCAAAAGCACCUGAUGGGGAUGUUGUUACUCGUAGACAGCCGGUACAAAUUCAGCGUAACGAGACAACUACCGACCCCAAAACUGACUCUUCGGAGCUGCAAGUGAUGUCGUCUACGUCUCCUAUACAGACUGCCAUUGCUGAAGUAACAGACUUAGAUGAAAAGGUUACAGCAGAAAUUUUAUUUGAAACAACUGUUGAAGGAAGUGGAAUGUCACCAACAAUUGGAUAUCAGUCUACUGUAUUGGUAACAGAAAUGGAUAUAAAGUCUGAAGACGCAGCUUCUACUACAGAUCGAAGAAAAGUCACUGAACCUGUGAAAGAAGUAGAUUCGACAACAUCAACAAUUACCGAAGGAGAAACAUUCUCUUCUUUAGCAACUUCACAAAGCACAGAUACAUCAAAAGCACCUGAUGGGGAUGUUGUUACUCGUAGACAGCCGGUACAAAUUAAGCGUAACGAGACAACUACUGACCCCAAAACUGACUCUUCGGAGCUGAAAGUGAUGUCGUCUACGUCUCCUACACUGUCUACCAUUGCUGAAGUAACAGACCUAGGUGAAAAGGUUACAGCAGAAAUUUUAUUUGAAACAACUGUUGAAGGAAGUGGAAUGUCACCAACAAUUGGAUAUCAGUCUACUGUAUUUGUAACAGAAAUGGAUAUAAAGUCUGAAGACGCAGCUGUUACUACAGAUCGAAGAAAAGUCACUGAACCUGUGAAAGAAGUAGAUUCUACAACAUCAACAAUUACCGAAGGAGAAACAUUCUCUUCUUUAGCAACUUCACAAAGUACAGAUACUUCAAAAGCACCUGAUGGGGAUGUUGUUACUCGUAGACAGCCGGUACAAAUUAAGCGUAACGAGACAACUACCGACCCCAAAACUGACUCUUCGGAGCUAAAAGUGAUGUCUACGUCUCCUACACAGUCUGCCAUUGCUGAAGUAACAGACUUAGAUGAAAAGUUAACAGCAGAAAUUUUAUUUGAAACAACUGUUGAAGGAAGUGGAAUGUCACCAACAAUUGGAUAUCAGUCUACUGUACUUGUAACAGAAAUGGAUAUAAAGUCUGAAGACGCAGCUGCUACUACAGAUCGAAUAAAAGUCACAGAAUCUAUGAAGGAAAUAGAAUCUACAACUUCAAUAAUUACCACAGAAGGAACAACUCCUCUAACAACUUCACAUAGGACAGAUUCUUCUAAAAAACCUGAUGGGGAUGUCGUUACUCGUAGACAGCCGGCACAAAUUAAACGUAACGAGACAACUACCGACCCCAAAACUGACUCUUCGGAGCUGGAAGUGAUGUCGUCUACGUCCCCUACACUGUCUACCAUUGCUGAAGUAACAGACUUAGAUGAAAAGGUUACAGCAGAAAUUUUAUUUGAAACAACUGUUGAAGGAAGUGGAAUGUCCUCUUCCCCUUUAAAUGAAAUAAUAUCAACAUCGAAAUUAAGUCAAGGACCUACAGGCGAAAUAGCUACAUUAACUACUCUGCUUGUUACUGAGUCUAUUCCUCCUGUCACCACACCUUUACCGUUGGUGUCAGAUAUAACUAAACGUAAACUCCCUGAACCACUUCAAAAGAAUGAAACAAAAGUAUCAGAGGAUCCUACUACUCCGUCUACACAAACAUCUACAAUUCAGCAAAAGACAACUGAUGAAUGGCUUUUUGAAACAACCAUAGAAGGUAGUGGCAUGUCACCACAAAUGGUUGAUGGUGUAUCUACAAUAUUCUCUGAUAUUAAAAUGACUAAAAUGCCAUCACCGUCUGAUGGAGCAGUACCGACGUCGGUUUCCACGAAUAAUGAAACUGUUUCUUCUGUAGAACUUUUGACCACUAAGAGAGGAAUUGAAUCAGAAGGGGCAACAUUGAAGCCUUCAUCUAUGACGGUAACGCCUAGCUACACUGAAAAACGGGGCGUUCAAGAAUUACAAGGAAGGCAUACUGCAACACAGCCUUCCUCCGAAACUCCAAGCAGUGUACAAUCUCCAACCUUGACAACUCCUGUAUUGUCGAUUUCAAUCAUCCCUUCGAACCAACCAAGAGAAAUCACGAGUAUACCUACAGGAUCAGAAAAAGAACAACCGAGUUCUACGCUUAAAAGUACCUCAAUACCGUCUACAGCAAGUACAAGCGACAUUGCCACUAAUCAACCCAAUGAAGAAGUAGGAUCUGGAUUUACAAGUGAAAGUAUGAUUUCUACAACAUCAGCAAGAACUGGUCCGACUGCAACAGACAAACGAUCUAGUACAUGGUUUACCAUUGUAAAGGAACUUGAUGCGCAUACCACAGGCAGUACUGCUAUGGCCAGUAAAAGCGAACUCCGUACAAGUGACUCGAUAUCAUCAACAAUGCAUACAACAUUGGAAAUGUCUCCAUCAGCUUCGGCAAAAUUGUUAACAUCUAUGAAGGCUAAUAGAGUAUUAACGGAUGAUGAAGAUUCAAAAGUGACUGAGCUGCAGGAACCAAGCACCAAGUCACCAGACCUGUCAUCAGUUACAUCUGGUGUUGGAAGCUCGACGAUCCCCAUGAUUCAAGGGGGUGCUAGCACAAUUUCUAUUACAAUUACGUCUCUCCAGCAAGAAGUAAAAAAAGAAAGUACGUUGUCAACAUCAUCGCCAAGAAUUCAUACCACGUUAAAAAAAAUAAUUAGAAAUCUUACUUCCAGUGAUAUGAGUACUACAUCAUCAAAAACAUCUCCAAGUAUUUUGAAGAUUAUUACUUCAAGAAUGCCAACCAGAAUUGCACCAGAGGAAACAAAUCAGAACGAUAGCGUAUCAACACCAACAAGUCAAGAAGCUAUCACUCCGUCAAAACAAACUUCUACCCCAAGAACUGCAGUUACCGACAUGAUAUCGGACGGAAUAAACUAUAUAACAAAUUUGACAAUGACAACAUUGGGAGGAAUAUUUUCAACUUCGCAGCCACCAGUAACUUCAUCAUCUACAUCGAAUCAAACGGAAGUAUCACCUACAUCAAAGACGAAGUCAACAUUAAGCAGAAUAAUUGAGGCUAAAUCUUCUCCACGAGGUCAAACAAUGACUACAGCUGAGGUCUUUACAAGUUAUGGGUCAGGAGACGAAAGCACAACCGUAGCAGAUGGUGGCCAACAAUCUCCAACUUUAUUUACACUUUUGAGAACCAGCCUUGAUGAUCGACAAACGACGCAGUCAAAAUUAACAACUAAACGGACUGAUGGUGUCAGGAUACCAUCGACUCCUCCACCUCCCCCACCCUACCCGCCAAUGAUGACCACUCUUCAACCUCCAUCGGUAAACAGGUAUACCUCAACGUCUUUACCAUCAUCACCAACGACACGAAGCCAAUCAAGUGAAUCAGUUACGAUGUCUUUCACCAGUGCAAGUGAGCUACCCGUCGCGAUAGUAGCCACAACAGAUGCAGUACCAGAGAGAACGGAAGAGCCAGAUGGAUACAGUGGAAAUAUGGAUGGAGAUUCAAUUGCAGUUCCAGCUUCCGUUCAUCUCAAUCAACCAGCUUUUAUGGCCAGAAUACGAGAAUGUGGCCAGUGUGGGAAGGAAAUAUGUCCUGUAUGUGGUACCGAUGGCUUUACGUAUCAAUCAGAAUGUAAAAUCAACCAGACAGCGUGCUUACGAAGAAAUGCUGAUCUUCGAGUAGCUUAUCAAGGAGAGUGUAUUAAUGGAUUCCUCGACUUAGUUAACGGUGAUAUAACCUGUCAAGAAUUCGAGUGUCCCAUUGCUUACAAUCCUGUAUGUGGAAGCGACAAUCGGACUUACACUAAUAGCUGUGAACUUCAGAAAAGCACUAUAUGUUCAGAAGGUUCAGCUGGGGUUGAAAAAAUAUCAGAUGGAGUGUGUAAGACAAACUCUUGAAGGAAACUCGUGUUUGAGAUAUUUAUAUGAUAAAUGAAAACUGAUACGAGGUGAUGGGAUUAGUGUUUACUUCAGCUGUGAAGUGGUGGUGUAACAUGCUUAUGUGCAAUGGAUGUGACGUUAUAAAGGUGAUAAGUUAUUUUCCAAUGUCCUUUAAAGUCAUAUCAAAAUGGAUGUUCAUCACUUUGACUGCAGACAAGGGCCAAGUUCUGCUGACAUGUAUAUGGAUUCAUGGAUGAGCAGAGGGCCACGAGGUGAAGGGGAUUCUUCAAAGUGUUAUCUUUUAAUUGACGAAUGAGGUGUACUAAUUUGUCUAUAUUUUAUGAAGGAGAAACAACUGGAAUCUCUGACAUGCUUAGUGAGAAAAAAUACCAAAAUUAUGCUGUUGUUUUUUUAUCUUUUCUAUUGCAUGCAAACACUUGCACGCAUUAAAACAACAGCGAAGCGUAUCAAAAAUCCUGAGAAACAAAUAGAUUAACAAAUAAUUUGCAAAGAUUGCAAAAUAAGGGAAUUUUUUUUUUCAUAUUUGGCCAAUUUGUAAAAUACCGAUUUUAAUAUAAAUAUAUAUAUAUAUAUAUAUAUAAUCGUUAAGUCAAAGUAAUAUGAUCUUUACCUUCAUAUUUAUGACUUUUUGCAUGUAAAAGCACAAGAAAUCCUGGCAAUUAUAAUCAUGAUCAACAAACAUUUUUUUUCAGCUUGUAGAUAUGAAAGCUAAAGAAGUGUUCAAUUUGUAUCUACUGCCUUGAGGUGGGCAGAAGCUGCUAUGUGUGUGUACGUCAUAAAAGUAUGCUGCAUUUUCCUUGAAACUAUUGCUUCUGUUGUACAUAUUCAUUCAUUGGUGCUUAUGACAUACAAAAAUAUAACUUAUUAUAGACAGGCAAUUAGAAAAGCAAAAUGUAAGAAAUUGACCUGAUGACGAAUAACUGCAAAAUCUUUUGACAAUUCUGACGUGUUUUAACAUUUGUAGGCUAUUUGUUAUUUAACUCCUUGCAUAAUAAAGAGGAUUAUCAAGAGUGGUUAUCUUAUUGGAGGCAAGGUAGAAGUAGAGAAAAUAAAAGAGAGAGGGAGAGGAAGAGGGAGAGAGAGGGAGGGACAGCAAGGAAGAGAGAGCAAGAGAGUGUGAAGGGAGGGGGUGGGGUUACAAAGGGGAGGGGUGGAUAAAGUGAGAAAGUUAUUGUUACUAUGCAAUUGGUAACUAAUUCUAUUUUACCGAUUCUUUAACAUGAAAAAUUUGUUGUCAAUUUAUAUUUGAUUGAAAAAGGAGAAACCAUGAUAAAAGGAUUGCAACAAACAAAGAUAUUCAUUGUGAGAGUAAGAAAUCAUAUGAUAGACUUAAAUGUAGUUUUUUGAGCAGACCCAUCAAUGAAUGGCAAAGGGCAAAGAUGAGUUCUGUAGAGAACAAUAUGAUGUUGUAUUACUACAAAAUCUACAAAUUUUUAUGUGCGUAUAGACACCUUGAUAUUGUGAUAUGUGCCUUUUUGAACUUUCAUAAUGUCAUUUAAAACUAUGCAUUCGAUGUAUGUAAGUGAUACAAGUAGACCAUGCAAUACAAAAUAUAAAGAAACCGUAAACCUUUUUAUAUGACACUAUUAUGGAUGACUUGUGGUAACAUUAAUUGUAAUUUUUGAAAUCUCCUGUCAAACGACUGUUAAACUAAUGUUGUGCUACAGGGGGCAAAUAUUUUCUUUCAUAUUUAUAACUUAUGAUAUGAAAUAUAUCUUCUUUCAAGCACUCAUGACUGUACUAACAAUAUGAGAAGUGCAGAGAGAAAAAAUGUUGAAAUAGUAUACAUGUAUACCAAUAAUUUGUUAUUGAAGCUUUUGUAAAUUAUUUCAUGAAGUAUAAAGUAAUAAAAUGUUAUUGCUGAAAUAA